AUGCUACACCACCCGCACGUUUGGUUGUCUGUCGGAUGUGGAGUGGGCCGCACCUUAAAACAUCAUUCGGAUAACGUCAUCGGAUUCGAAGUCGAUGAAAUUCCGGGGCACGAUACCGAGAAAAUUACAGUGUCGCUGUCAUUGGAUCCUCGACCGAUCGUUAUUCCGAUUCUGUCUUGCAUCAUCAGUUUUCCUAUAAUCACGUUUGCCAUUAUUUGCGCUCUCAGGUACCGAGCGCAACGUUUACGCAAACGCGAUCGUCUCCGUCGCUUGCAAGCGGGAUAUCGUUCCGUUACCUUGGACAUUCCGAAUCGUGAAAAGCCGUCUCUGUUUUCGAGAGAUUCUUCCUCGGAUCUAAAGGUUCUAGGAGAAAAAUCGGACACGUGUGGGUCACCGGCGUCACCUUUGACCUCUAGGAGAACGUCCAGGAACAAUAGCCAAGUGACUUUUGUGACCGCAGCCGUUAUGCACGUACCGGAACUAUUGAAUCAAAACGGGAGGUUGAAGCGUGGUUCCAAAACUGUGGUCUCGUUUUGGGAAGAACCGGUACAAGGGGAGGACGUACACGAACUGUCCGAAGGAACGAAGCAAAAUAUAUCUAUUUCCAGGUAGCAUUUAUUCUGCGUCGUGCCACCAAGUGCCUCUAAAUUCCGAAAUCCCUCGUUUAAGAAGGACAAUCAAUCGGUGGCAAUAGAAACAAAAUUAUUUUCUAUAAUAAAACCCGUCUGAUCUGAAUUUAAAAAGUCGAAUUUUUUUUUUAAUUUAGAUCACCGAAAAUAAUAUAAAUAUAUCUUUAAAAACAAUAAUUACUACUCGAAACGUCUUCGAAAAAUCAAAAAUUGUGUUUAAAAUUACGCUUUAAAGUGAGAAAAACUGUACAUUUAUAGUAUUUAGAAGUUAAAUCUUGUAGUAUUUUUAAAAUAUAAUUAUAUUUAGAAUUAAAAUGAAGAAACAUUCUGGGACCAUCUCGUUAAUGUUUUGCCACUCGAAAAGACAUUUAUAAAGUUACUAAAAAAGUUGGUUUUUGUCCACGUAUUUUUACAAAACGACAAAAUUUCUGUUCGGAACGUCCCUACUUAAACUGAAAAAUUCAAACAAAUGAAACUGGUGGAUUAUUUCAUUACAAAUUUUUAAAAAAUGUCUGGGAAAAGUUACGAAUUACUCGAGUUUGUAGGUUUAAACACGAGCAAAAAAUAAAAAAAGUCUUCCCCAGCGGUGUACUCGCCCAUAAAAAAUACUUGUAGAAAUAAUACAAAACCCACUGAUUGAGGUAAUUAACAGAACAAUUAUCGGGUUGUAAAUAGCGGUAUCGUCAAUUGUUGGAAACAAAUUUUCGACAGCAUUUUAUACGACUAGACGUGUUACGUCCAUUCAGUUAUCACUCACGCCUUUUCACUUUCUUAAUUUAAAGCACUUUCUUUCAUUUCUAUUGUUCGUGUAUUGUGAUUUAUGAUCUUUCGCUGAUGUAUAUUCGGUCUAAAAAUUUAUUCAAAUACAAUAAAUGUUU